AUGUUUAACUUUCCGAGGUUCUUCGGUUUCAGAGGCCGAUCUCUGAACUUGGCCAUCAGUUCCCUUGGCAGUCUUGAUUUCCUGCUGUUCGGUUAUGAUCAAGGUGUUACCGGCGGUCUUCUGGAUCUGCCCUCAUUUAUCAAGUACUUUCCCGAUAUCAAUUCCACCGAUCCGGCUAUCAAGGACAAUGAAGCCCUUGUGUCCCAGCGCAGUCUGAAUAAAGGCAUUGCCGUGGCGUCUUACAACCUUGGAUGUUUCUUCGGCGCUAUUUUGACCAUCUUCAUCGGCAACCCGCUUGGUCGACGCAAGACGAUUUUCUGCGGCUGCGUGACUAUGGCAACCGGCGCUCUGCUGCAGGCCACUUCCUUUGACCUACCGCAAUUUAUUGUUGGUCGAAUUGUAACGGGUAUUGGCAAUGGCAUGAACACGAGUACUGUCCCGACAUGGCAGUCCGAAUCUUCAAAGGCACAUGAUCGUGGUAAAAUGGUUAUGAUUGAGGGUGCCCUUAUUACCGGAGGAAUCACACUCAGUUACUGGAUUAACUAUGGUUUUUCGUUUAUCGGAGAGAAGGAAGUCGCCUGGCGUUUUCCGCUCGCCUUCCAAAUCCUCUUUGCCGUCGUCAUUUUCAUCUCGAUUAUCAACCUUCCCGAGUCCCCUCGUUGGCUUGUCAUGCAAGGCCGAGAUGAAGAGGCUUUGGAGAUCCUGGAGGCUCUCAAUGAAAAGGACCGUGACGAUCCCUUCAUCCGAAACGAGCUCAUCGCAAUCAAGGAGACCGUUCAGGAGAUGUCAAAGGGCUCUUACCGCAGUCUGUUCGAUAUGAGCGAAUACCGAGAGUUCCAUCGUGUUGCUCUUGCCUACAUCAAUCAGAUGUUCCAGCAGAUUUCAGGCAUCAACCUUAUCACCUACUAUGCGCCUGAGCUAUACGCUCAAAUUGGCUUGGGGUCAGGUAGUCUCCCGAAGCUACUGGCUGCUUGUAACGGCACAGAGUACUUGCUUGCUGCCUUUAUUCCUAUCUACAUCAUUGAAAAGGCCGGACGUCGGCCGCUGAUGCUGUUCGGCGCUGCUGGUAUGUCAGUUUCGAUGGCUGUUCUCGCAGGCUGCAACUACCGCCUUGAGCACCUCGGCGACAAGCAAGCUGGUAUCGGGCAGGCAGUUUUCCUCUUCGUCUUCAAUACCUUCUUCGCUAUUGGUUGGCUUGGAAUGACAUGGCUGUACCCUGCUGAAAUUGUCCCGCUGCGAAUUCGUGCACCCACGAAUGCGCUAGCGACCAGUGCCAACUGGAUCUUCAAUUUCAUGGUUGUGAUGAUUACCCCCGUUGCAUUCGACAGCAUUGGAUAUCAAACCUAUAUCAUCUUCGCCGUCAUCAACGCCUUCAUGUUCCCAUUUGUAUACUUCUUCUUCCCAGAAACCCGCUACCGUUCCCUGGAAGAGAUGGACGCCAUCUUCAAGAAGUCUACAAACGUCUUCAAUGCCGUUACAUACUCUCUCAAGGAGCCAUACCGCUACGACAAGCAUGGUAUGCUCAAGCCAGAGUAUCUUGAAGAAGCUGUCCGCCGUCAAAGUGCAACUGUGCACGUUGCUGGCGAGAAGUUUGACAGUGAUGAGAGCUAG